UACCUGGCGGUGUGAAAGGCAGACGACAGUUCUCGAAUAGGCCUAGCUCAACAUGGAAUAGGCCUAUAGAGUUCGCAACACGCCAUAACCUGCAGCGUUUACAGCGCCAUGGCAACAGAUAGAUGGGUAGUGGAACCUCCAGACCAGGCUCCCGUGGUUUAGCCAGCUUACAAGCCAUACAGAGAAUGAAACGAAAUACUCCCUCCACACUAGCGAGCGUCAAAACAGACAAAACAGAAGCUGGAAAGGUGACAGAAAAAUAUACUACCAUGCCCGCGAAAAAAGAUGAUUGUGUAAAUGAAGGCAAGGAGAAAGGAUCAAGCUCAAAGGAUACUGUGUCAGGAACAGGUAUUGAAGUCACUGUGGACCAACCUCAGCCAUCUGCUUCAAAUGGGGCUUCAUCAUCGAAAGAGGAGGAGACAGUCCUAAAAUCUGAUGAUGACACGAAUGAAGAUGACAAUGAAGGAGAUGAUAAAGGUGAUGAUGGUACAGAGAAAGAGACAGUUAAAAAGAAACCCUUAACAGCCGAAGAAAUAGAAGAAAAAAGAAAGAAAGCUUUUGAGAAAGUAAAAGAGAGUAUUCAGUCUCUUGUUGAGAUUCCCCCCCGUAAUAUGGAAGAAGAAGGAACUCCAUUCAACCUUCAGUUCCGACAAACUUUAGUAGGCGUGACAAAAUCUUACUUCCUCUUAAAAGUGAACAGAUAUCCUGUAGAUGUUGUUUUCAAUUUUCGAAACGCUGUGUCGCGUGUUAUGUGUGAAAGUGGCUGUAUUAAACUUCUGUGUGACGUUUUAUCCAAUUCCUUAAAGACGAGAGACUUUUUAUCAGAAGAAGGAACCAUGAUAAAAGGUCGAUGGUUUCCUGUGAAAAACAUUCUGCUUGCCUUAGUGAAUAACACUGAUUGUUCUGAGGAAGUUAGGCUUAUCAUUUGUGGUCACCCUUCCCUGCUGAAAGAGCUGACACGGAUUGUUCAAGAAUGGAGGCCUUUACAUUUGGACAAACAGUUAAAGGAGGACCAGAAUAAGCUGAUCAAGUGGAGUUUGUCCAUCUUUCACAACUGUGGCAUGCAGGAGGAGAGUGUAGCCAUUCUGAGGGAUCUCGACCUCAUCAACAUUCUGCUUCCGUAUCUGGACUCCCACAUGGAAGUGAUCCGACUGGCCACGCUGUCUACUCUAGCGGACAUUGUCAAUGAGGAGGAGGCGGUAUUGCUUCAGACAAACCCCAAGUACUUUGCUUUCAUCAUCAAGAAGUUGAAACGUGCUCUGAAGAAAGUGGACCACAAGGACCUAGGCUGGUCGGCUGAGGAGCUCAUGCGAGCUUUGAAAGGUCUAGCUCGUAGUGAUGUAAACAAGAAGGUAUUGGUGGAAGAAGGAUGUCUCACUCCUCUUGUGAAGGGAGUCAAUUCUGGAAAUAGUGGUGAAAAGGACGAGGCUCUUAGCUGUCUGUGGGCCUUGUCCUUUGACGAAGAGAACAAAAUGAAGAUGGUCAGCGAGCCAGACUUAGUGGACACUGUCCAGCAUCUGUACACAGAGGAGAGAGGUGCUAUCUCUCACUCCUGCCAGGGCAUUCUCUGGUCACUGAGAGAGCAACUGCUCAAAGUGGACACUCAUAAGCAUAUAGGAGAGGAAAUCUGUAAAGUCCAGGGUGAGACGACCAUCAAGGCCGGUGUGGAGCCAGUGACCAGUCCACCUGGGGAGCAGCCAGUAGUGACCAGAGGUCAUGCGAUGAUGAGUUAUCAGUGGGGCCAUCAGGAGCUCAUCAAGAAGAUUGUCCAUAAGCUGCGGUCACAUGGUAUACCCGUCUGGCUGGACAUUGACUAUAUGGGUGGCUCAACCCUCCAAGCCAUGGCUAAGGCUGUGGAGGACUCGUUUGUCGUGAUCAUCGCUAUGUCCCAGAAGUACAAGGACAGUCCCAACACACGAGCUGAGGCUGAGUACGCUUUUCAACAGAGGAAGAAGAUUAUUCCGCUUGUGGUACAGAGAGGAUAUCGCGCCGACGGUUGGUUGGGGCUGAUUCUGGGCUCAAAACUUUUUUACGACUUCAGCGGCAAGUACUCGUUUGAUUCACGUAUGUCCGGGCUUCUCAAAGCAGUGAAGCUAGCUGGAGAUGGCGAGGAUGUGGUUGAUGGGAGCCCCGUGAUAGAGAAGCCUCUCGUAACUUCCACAAACCACUCCCUGAAGACCACCCCAACCACCCCCCAGGCUCCUCCCCUUGUCCCUGCCAUCCCCCGCCUCAAUGAGGCUGCUAUCAUGAAAUGGGAAAAGUCAGACAUAGAGAAAUGGCUGAAACCACAUGAGAUGGAAAGAUCUUCCCUUAUCCAUCUCUCUGGUGAAGAGAUCAUCUUUCUUCACAAUCUCAAGUAUGAGGCUCCAGAGUAUUUCUACCAAUGUCUGGAAAAGAAACUUUGCCUCACAUCUCUUCUUCAUCUGGCUCGGGCAACCAAAGCCUUCAAGGAUUUAGUCACAUGAUGUAUUGAUAUUUGUUGGGUGUAUGUAAAAGUUUAUGUCUUUGUACAUUGUAUUUACCAUAUUGUGUGAGGCAGCGUGGUGAAAUCAAACGCUCGUCAAAAUAAUGAAAUUUAAGAAAAUGGCAUUUUCCGCCCGUUGGGAAAAUUUCAUCAAUUUUUCUUAUUUGGGCUCAGCAUCUUUUAUUUAGAAAUGCUUUUUUUGCAUCGUGUUUCCUGAAAAAAUGUAAAUCAAAGACAAAAAGUAAAUCUGCAGUUUCCUAAGACACUAUGGCCUUUCAAGGAAAAAAGACCAGUUACUGGAAACGUUAUAGUUUUGUACAAAUAACUACCUACAGCCCCAUUGCUUGAGAACACUUAUAAGAAUACUCCAUCCCAAAUAUGUAGAUUUUUUUGUGUGUGCUUAAAAACAUUUUUCUCUUUUAAUGUUGGUUGAUAUCACCAUUCAAUCAUGAAAUCUGUCUGUAGUCUGUUUACAACAUCAUUUUGUUCUCUGAAAAGUAAGCCAGCACGAUCUUUACCCAUUUCCAAGAGACCGGCAUCUGUGGUGUAAAUGGUAGGGCUCUUUGCUGUUGCACUCAGAAGAAGUAAGUUCAAUUCCCGCUUUGGGAAGUUAUUUUUUUUUAGGAGCUCUGUCUGUUUGCUGGGACACUGAGGACAACUCAGUUUGGGAUGGGCUUGACAGCUAGGUAGGAUUGAAGCAGCCUGCCUCCUAAAUGGUUUAAAAUGUGUCAUUAGGGGCAUAACGUAUUAGCAUCUCUCUCGGUCAAUUAUUUUUAAGAGCAAUGUCAAGACGUAUUUGCUGGCAUUGUACUCCAUUUGCCUUUUCCUUAAUUCACUUAUGUAGCUUUGAUGGAAAGUUUUGUGACAGGUGUUGGUUUCUUGUGGUGCCAUUUGGCCAUGGAGAUCUUUUUUGGGGCCUUUUCACCUUAUUUCCUAAUGUUUCUUUCUUAUGGAAAAUAAUGCAUUUUCUAUAGAAAUGAUUUUAUAAUUGGUAAGUGUCUUGAAAGAAAUGAGUACAGUUUGGCACAGGUAAUACAAACACGCAAAAAUCAAAAUCACAGAUAGCUUGUACAAUUUGCUAGUCACCGACUGCUCUCUCGUUAAUUUUUCGUUAAUGGUUAACCUGACUCAUGGAUGGAUCAAACACAUUUUUUUACCUCAGAAUUACAAAUUUCUUUCUAACUUUUUU